GUGUGCGACACUUUUGUCUGACACUGUUAAACUGUGAUGGCGGUAGAUGGACUUUGUUUGUGCAUUUACUGAUUAAUUAUAAAAUGGAAAAAAAGAGGUUCAAUAUCAAUUUGGACGACACCGCGUUCACAAAGGAAAGAAGUCUGGUGACAUCUUUAUUUAAGGCCAAGGACGGUCAAGCAGAGACCUCAUCUGCUCAGAAUGCUCUUCCAGCUCCCGGCCAACCACUGUCCUACGCAGAUUUUGUCGUUCAGAACAAAAACAGAGCUCUUCAGGGAGCAGCCCAUGUACCAGAGAAACAAAGUAGGAGCGAUGCUGCAGCGCAAAGCAAUGUAAAUACAGCUGACAGUGGAUCAGUUAGUACAUCCUCCACAGACUCCGGGAAGCCUGAGACUGAGCAGCGGAGACCAGAAAAAGUACCGACAGAAGAUCAAACGAAGGAGGAAAGUCAGAGUUCGGAGAGUUGUAUCAUUCCUCCUCAUCUCUUAGGAUCCGGAAACAGUAUUAUUGUCAGUCCUCGACAGAGAGGCAACCCCAUUCUAAAGUUUGUGAGAAAUGUUCCUUGGGAAUUUGGAGAAGUUGUGCCUGACUAUGUUUUGGGGCGGACAACUUGUGCUCUUUUUCUGAGUGUGCGUUACCAUAAUUUGAACCCAAACUACAUCCACGAGCGUCUGAAACAGUUGGGUCAGAGUUUCACCCUCAGAGUGUUGCUCGUCCAAGUUGAUGUGAAAGACCCUCAUCAUGCACUGAAAGAGCUUGCUCGCAUAAGCAUCAUGGCUGACUGUACCCUCAUUUUGGCCUGGAGUCCUGAAGAAGCAGGUCGUUACCUUGAGACUUAUAAAUCCUACGAGAAGAAACCUGCAGAUGUUCUGAAAGAACAAGUGGAGAAGAAUUACCUGUCCCAGGUUACAGAUUGUUUAACCACAGUAAAGUCUGUCAAUAAGACCGAUGCCAUGACUCUUCUGUCUACAUUUUCUUCUUUGGAGGGCAUCGUUAAGGCAUCUAAAGAAGAACUAGUGUUGUGUCCUGGACUUGGUCCACAAAAGGCAAGAAGGCUUUAUGAUGUACUGCAUCAGCCCUUCAUAAAGACCAAAAAGAAGGAAAGCUGAUAAAGCCAAACUGUUUUUUGUUUUUUUUAAAAUCACCAACUGUCUUCAAACAAAGUGCCUAGAACAAGGAUCUAAGGCAAUAUAGCCAAUGAUCAUCUGGAGGCUUCAGGCUCUUUUUGGCCUGUGAUUAUCGAACUGUAAUUGUGGAAAAACAGACAUAAAUGCAGUGGUUUAUUUAUUAUUUUUGUUUAAAGUUUAACCUGCUGUAAAUUGAGUUUGACUUAGUUUGACUUGUUUAUGAAAAAAAUUCAAUAAAUUUCAAGGGUAUUCUGCA